UACAGGUUGAGCAUGUUGGGUCGACUGAUUUAGUUUUACCUGCCUGCCUGAUAGCAAGACGACACUUAUCUGAUAGUGAAGUACCUCGACACACCCGCUUGGUUUUCACUUGCGUGUGUGUCUGUGUGACCAUUAAUGAAAACUGGGCGAGACGUAUUGUUUGGGCCUUGGAUAAAUAAUUAACCAGACAACUCAAGCCGCAGUUUCAAGUGCUGACAUGAGGAGUUGACGCAAAGCAAGAGCGGAGUGCGCCUCUAUCGCCAGCCUGUUACCUGAGCGAAAACAACAGGCUCGCAGGUGUUUUUGUUUGUUUUGUAUUUUUCUUUAUAUUUUUAAUGCCAUUUGAACUGGAUACACUUCAUUGUAAUAAUGCUGGGAGCGGAGAGCAGAUUGGAAAGCCGGCUGAAGAAGCUGGAGUCCCUGAUAAGGAAUCCACAGUCGGCACUAAACUUGGCAACCCUGCUGGAUUCCAUGAAUGCACUGGUCAAUGACUUGAAUUACCCCCCCUUACGGAAAAACAAAAACAUAGAGUCCUUUCUGAACAGAUAUAAAGACUUAGUGAGUGAGCUGCGAGAACUUCAGAUGAAGCUUGAUGACUUUGAGAGAGUCAAGCUGAUCGGAAAAGGAGCUUAUGGAGAAGUGCAGCUGGUCCGUCACAAGGCCUCUAAGAAGGUUUAUGCCAUGAAGCAGCUCAGCAAGUUUGAGAUGAUCAAAAGGUCAGAUUCGGCCUUCUUCUGGGAGGAGAGACACAUCAUGGCCUUCUCCAACAGCCCCUGGGUCGUCCAGCUAUGCUGUGCUUUCCAAGAUGAUCGGCACCUUUAUAUGGUGAUGGAAUUCAUGCCCGGAGGAGACCUGGUCACACUCACCAUGAACUACGACAUCCCUGAGAAAUGGGCUCGCUUCUACACAGCAGAAGUAGUGCUGGGGCUAGACGCCAUCCACUCGAUGGGCUUCAUCCACCGCGACAUUAAGCCCGACAACAUGCUGCUGGACCAACACGGACACCUCAAACUGGCUGACUUUGGCACAUGCAUGAAGAUGGACUCGACAGGUAUGGUGAAAUGUGACACAGCUGUAGGCACACCAGACUACAUCUCCCCCGAGGUUCUCCAGUCUCAGGGUGGUGAUGACUACUAUGGCCGGGAGUGUGACUGGUGGUCUGUAGGAGUAUUUCUCUUUGAAUUGCUAGUUGGUGAAACUCCUUUCUAUGCCGAGUCCCUUAUCGGAACGUACGGAAAGAUUAUGAACCACCAGAACUCGCUCGUAUUCCCUGAUGAUGUAGAGAUGUCUCAAAAUGCCAAAGAUCUCAUCUGUGCCUUCCUUACUGACAGGAAGGUUCGUCUGGGCCGCACCGGAGUGGACGAGAUAAAAUGUCACCCCUUCUUUAAGAACAACCAGUGGACCUUUGACAACAUCCGUGACACUGUGGCCCCAGUUGUGCCAGAGCUGAAAGGUGACAUAGACACCAGUAACUUCGAUGACAUAGAGGUUGAGAAAGGAGAUGUUGAGACCUUUCCUCCACCCAAAGCCUUUGUUGGCAACCAGCUACCAUUUAUCGGUUUCACCUACUUCAAGGAGGAUCAGCUGCUAAAGGGAAGUAAAAGCAGUUCUGCAAAAGAUUCAGAGGACUGUGAGGAAAUCUCAGAGGACAAGGAGAAUUGUUCAGACAUUGAGCAGCUGCAGAAAAAGGUUUCCCAACUGGAAGAGAAGCUCGACAAUGAGAUGCAGGCCAAAGAUGAGCUGGAGCAAAAGUGCAGAAAUGCUACCAACCGUUUAGACAAACUCGUCAAAGAAUUAGACAAGGAGAUGAACAGCAGGCAGAAAGUCGAGGCCUCACUGAGGCAGCUGGAGAGAGAGAGAGCUCUGCUGCAGCACCAGAGUGCUGAGAAUCUGCGCAAGGUGGAGAUGGAAACUGACAGGAAACGCAGCCUGGAGAACGAGUUGAACAACCUGAGGGACCAGCUAGAGGAUCUGAGGAAGAAGAACCAGAAUUCACACAUCUCAAAUGAGAAGAACAUCCAGCUGCAAAAACAACUUGAGGACGUCAAUGCUGUGCUUCAGGCUGAGCAAGAGGCUGUAGCACGGUUAAAGAAGAGUCAGGCGGAGGUGCAGAAACAAGCCCAGAGCCUGGAGGUUAGCCUCGGGGAGAUGCAGGAAAAGUGCAGCCAGCUUGAAAACGGCAAGAUGGAGCUGGAGAAGCAGCUGAGGGGGCUGCAGGCCGAACUGGAGGAGGAGAGGAGAGGCCGCAACAUGGGGACAGAAACUAUUAAUGACCUACAGGGACGCAUCUCAGGGCUGGAAGAAGAGGUGAAAGAAGUGAAGUCAUCUCUUUCCAAGGUCCAGACUGAAAAAAAGGAGCUACAGGAGAAGCUCAGUGAGCUUGAGAAGAAAAAGAGCAACCAAGAGAUCGACCUUACGUUCAAGCUGAAGUCCCUGCAGCAGAGUCUGGAGCAGGAGGAGGCAGAGCACAAGGCCACCAAAGCCAAGCUUGCUGAUAAAAAGAAGACCGACCAAUCCAUAGAGGAGGCAAAGUCCGAGGCCUUAAAAGAGAUGGAGUGCACCCUGCAGGAGGAGCGCAGCUUGAAGAUGCAGGUGGAGGGAAAGCUGCUGCAGCUAAAAAAGGACUACUCCAUGCUGGACUGUGAUUACAAGCAGGCGCAGAACAAGCUGGAUGAAUUUCAGGCACAGAAGGAGAAACUUUCUGAAGAGGUGUUGCACCUGACCUCACGUCUGGAAGAGGAGAUGCACAAGCGGAGUAUGAGCCAGAGUGAACUGAAGAUACAGAACCAGCAGGUGUCUGUGCUCCAGUCCUCUGAGAAACAGCUCAAACAGGAACUCAACCAACUGUUAGACAUGAAGCAGAUGCUGGAGAAACAGAACCAGGAACUACGCAGGGAAAAGCAGGAGGCUGAUGGCCAGCUGAAGGAACUGAAGGACCAACUGGAGGCACAGCACUGUUUCACAACCCUUUACAAGACGCAGAUCCGUGAGAUGACGGAUGAGCGUGAUGAGAAGAAUAAGCUGUACGAAGAGGUGCAGCAGCAACUGGCAGAAUACCAGGAAGAAAGAAAGUCACUGACAACCCGGCUGGAAGAAAGCUUGACCAAAGCAGACGCUGAGACGUUGGCUCGUUCUGUCGUUGAGGAGCAGUUCUCCAAUCUGGAGAAAGAAAAGAUCAUGAAGGAGCUAGAGAUCAGCGACAUGAUGAUGAGGCACCAGCAGGAGCUCAGCGAUAAGGAGGCCACCAUCAGCUCGCUGGAAGAGUCCAAUCGUACUCUGACGGUGGAUGUAGCCAACCUGGCCAGUGAGAAGGAAGAACUCAACAACCAGCUGAAAGAAAUGCAACAAAAACUCCAGAAAGCAAAAGAUGAAGAGAACUCUCUCAAAGAGUCCUUUGAAAAGCAGCUGUGGAAUGAAAGAACGCUAAAAAUUCAGGCUGUGAACAAACUGGCUGAGGUGAUGAACAGGAGGGAGAAGGUGCGGGGAGGCCACCAAGGCACUGACACCGAGGUGCACAAGAAGGAGAAGGAGAACAGGAAACUGCAGCUGGAGCUGAAAGCAGAGAAGGAGAAAUUCAGCACCGCCAUCGUAAAAUACCAGAACCAGCUGGCUGAAAUGGAGGCGCUGAUGGCAGAAGAGAACCAGAUGCGUCUAGAUCUUCAGAUGACGCUGGACAGUAAAGAGAGCGACAUUGAGCAGCUGCGAUCCCAGAUCACAUCCCUCAGCAUUCACUCUCUGGACUCCACCAGCAUCAGCAGUGGCAACGACUUAGAUUUAGAAGGAUACCCAGACUCCAGGCUGGAGGGCUGGAUCUCACUUCCUUCCAAGAACACCAAGCGAUUUGGUUGGGACAAAAAAUAUGUGGUCGUGAGCAGUAAGAAGAUCCUGUUCUAUAACAGCGAGGUGGAUCGAGAGCAAGCUAACCCUUUCAUGACCCUGGACCUUGAUAAGCUGUUUCAUGUCCGACCUGUAACUCAGACUGAUGUGUACCGUGCAGAUGUCAGAGAAAUUCCAAGGAUUUUCCAGAUCCUAUAUGACAAUGAAGGUGAGAGCAAGCGUGAGCAGGAUGCUGGAGCUGAACCCACAAACUCUGGUGAUCGCGCCUCAUACAUCAGCCACAAGGGCCACGAGUUCAUUGUCACCCUCUACCAUUUCCCAUCCAACUGUGAGGUCUGCACCCGGCCUUUGUGGAACGUCUUCAAGCCUCCACCAGCGCUCGAGUGUCGUCGCUGCCACACCAAGUUCCAUAAAGACCACCUGGAUAAAAAAGAAGUUAUUAUACCCUGCAAAGUGAACUAUGACAUCUCCACGGCCAAAGAACUACUCCUCCUGACCAGCUCUCAGACGGAGCAGAAGCACUGGGUCAGUCACCUCCUUAAGCGCAUCCCGAAACACCCGACACUGAGUCCUCCCCCUGUGGCACGCAAUUCCCCUGAAAAAAUACCCCAUUCCUCUCCACAAGUAUCCCCACGACCUUCGCCCAAGUCCUCUCCUCGCAUGUCCCAUCGAGGCGCUGUAAAGAUCCAAUCCACUCGGCAGCAACCGUCACCGGGGAAGCCAAGAAAGCUGGUUCGUGUCAGAUCUAUAAGUCAAAGUGAUGUGUACCGUGCAGAUGUCAGAGAAAUUCCAAAGAUAAAGUAUAACAGUGAAGAUGACAUCAGGCAUGAACAGGAUACUCCAUUGGAACCCGUGCCGCAUGGCGAUCGCGGCUCCUACAUCAACCACAGGGGCCACGAGUUUAUCCUCGCGCUCUAUCAUUUUCCGUCCAGCUGUGAGGUCUGCAGCCGGCCUUUGUGGGACUUCUUUAAGCCUCCGCCAGCGCUCGAAUGCCGCUGCUGCCACGCCAAGUUCCACAAGGACCACCUGGAUAAAAAAGAGAACGUUAUUGUACCCUGCAAAGUGAACCCUGGAUAAUAUUUCUGUUCACAUGCAGUAAUGGAAGCAGUGUCUACAUGUGACAGAAAACUGGUGUCAUGACAACUGGGAUUUCAUUCGAGGAAAAUGCAUGCUGUAUCCUUCGUGAUUAAUUCUAAUUUGCUUCCUGAUCAUUGUCAUAGGCAUGUGUGCAAACAUUUGUAUACACAUUAAAAGAUCUCUCUUUGUAUCAUACCACACAAAGUGUUGCUGUAUAUUGCUGUAUAAAUCAGCACCACAUCAUCCAGUAUAUAUGGUUGUCCUGUAGAUUUAUAAAUACAGUUUUAAGUGGAAGGCUUUACAUUUUCAUGAGCCUUUAUAAUUACAACUGUUAUAACACAUGCCAGAAUAAUCUAAACGAUACAGAGACAAUGUUUUUAUUCCCAUUUGUGAUAAUUAUUGAUUGUUCAUAUACAGUAUGUUUAAAAUCUCAAGGUGAUCCAUUAAAAGAAACCCUUUAAUAACAAUAACAUAAUACAUUAACAGCAUUUCAAUGAGUAGCUCUGUUGAUUUAUGUUGUUCAUUGAUGUCCGUUAUUAAAAACUAUUCAGACUUACUUUGAUAUAGAAAGUGCGUCAGAAACAGUAGUGAUGUACAGCUGCUAUCUUGACCAGGUCUUUAAAAGUAAAUCAAUCAAUUUCAAAGAAAAAGGAUUAAAAACAAUAAGGUUUAGUAUUUGAUUUUUAAACCUUCAUCUCACAUUUGAUUGUAUACGAAAUGAUAGUGUGUAAUUGGGAAAACACAUUUUUUUGCUUUUUUUAUUAAACUGCUGAACAGCACUAAAAAAAAAAAAGUUGUUAUAGUUGCACUGAAGCCAUCUCUCCGUCAGUGGUAUCACAUCUGACUACAGCGUAUUUUAAGAGACCAUUUGAACUAUACCAGAAUAGGUCCGUCUUUAUCUCACAAGUGCAUGUGGAGUGAGUGGGCUCCACUAAAAUAAAUCUUUCAGAACAGCCUAAAGCCAACUGGCACUCAUCAUACAUAAUGUAAUAGUUCAUCAUGUUGCCCAGAUGCUAAAAUCAUUUUUCAUACAUGCAGGUCUAAUCCAUUCUGUCUAUCAGCUGUGUGACUGUUCCGGUUAAAUUGCAAAUGAAUGAACCCUGCUGUACAGGCCACUGAGGUCUCAGGUGACAUGUAGCCUCCUCCUGGUGUUUUUCUUCUUUUUCUCGUCAGUGCGCAGUUAGUCUUUUAAUUUUAUUUCCAGUUUUUAAUUUGCAAUUCAAAAAAAUGAAUUAUUUUUUUGCCUAAAGCCUUAUGUAAAGUACUUGAGUUAUUUAUCCUACUUCACAUUUCUCCUCCACUUUCUGAGAUAGGAUUUCUUUUUUGUAUUUUUUAUGUUUUAACAGUUUUUUUUAGAGACUCUAAUUACCUUAUGAAUUAAGGGUUUUUUCUAAUUGAUUCAUUUACUUUUGUGAUUUUUGUGUGUUUUUGAAUAAUGGGUGUAAAAACAUAAGUAAGCUUGCAAUAAUCAAUCAACUGCCAGGAGCACAGCAUUCCUGGCUUUGACCUGACUUUGCUUUUUACUGCCUCUGCUCUUCCCUGUAUAUCUGCUUUAUGAGGCUGGAUUGUCAAGUGGACUUUUUUUCACACUCUAGCGUUUACAUAGAUUUUUACACAAAACAACAUUAUUUCAAAAUGUGACACUCCGAAUUUGGCAACCUUACAAACUCUGGUAAACUCCAACCAAGUUACGCAGUACAGCAUCUGUGAAUGCACAAAACACCAAAUCUUAAAGCAGGUGGGCUACAGCAGCAGCCUACAUCAGGCGCCACACCUACAAACAGAAAACUGAGGUUGCCAUUCACAUGGGCUGACCAAAAUUAAACAAAACGUUGGAAAAAUGUUCCCUGGUCUGAUGAGUCUUUCUUUUCUAACAUUUGGACAGAAGGGUCAUAAUUUGGAAGAAUAGAUUCAUCCUGCUUUGUAGCAACACUUCAGACUGGUGAUGGCGGUGUAAUGGUGUGGAGGAUAUUUCUUUAGCGCCAACUGAGCUGUUAGAAUGGCCAGUAGCGGCUGGGUUCAAAUAGGAGACUUGAGGCAGAGAUGAGGUGCAGACCAACUACAGGUUUACUCACCAACAUUAAAAUACCAAAGCAUAACAUAGCAUAAAACAAUGUAGCCCAGUGGUGGGACACGGUGCCAGCAACAGCCUCUGAUGUAACUGACAGCCCUUUACAGACUGCUGCUAAUUGGCCCUCAAGCCAUACCGUUAUCUGGUGUUACGUAGUAAACAUCUUAUCGAAUAACCCUUAUUAAUGCCAACCAAUACUAUAGAUAUAAUUACAAU